CACAAAUAACCAGUCCAUAACUAACACGGAAGUGGAUUUAGCAUUGGGCGUGUUACUCAUCUUUAGUUUUGCUGUCUCUUUCAGAAUAUAGUUUUUAAUUUAAUCACUUGAUAAGCCAAGAACGUGUUCCAUCAUGCCGGCCUACCAUUCCCAGUUUCUAAAUCCACCCCAGCUAGUUGGCAACAUGGCAUUACUUCCAAUCAGAAGUCAGUAUAAGGGACCAGCCCCUAAGAAUGCUGGUGAACAAGAUAUCAUUGAUGAAGCUAUUUACUUUUUCAAAGCAAAUAUUUUCUUCAGAAGUUAUGAAAUUAAGAGUGAAGCUGAUAGAACACUGAUCUACAUAACACUGUAUAUAAGUGAAUGCUUGAAAAAGUUUCAAAAGUGCUCGUCAAGAAAUCAAGGUGAAAAGGAAAUGUAUACUCUUGGAAUCUCCAACUUCCCUAUUCCCGGAGAAGGACAGUUUCCCUUGAAUGCCAUGUAUGUCAAACCUCGCAACCGAAAUGAAGAAGACACAAUGCGAGCAUACUUGCAACAGCUGAGGCAGGAAACUGGAAGCAGACUGUGCGAAAAAGUCUUCGAUCCUUCAACAGACAAGCCCAGCAAGUGGUGGUUGUGUUUCGCCAGGAGGAAAUUCAUGGACAAAAGUCUGUCAGCACCAGGACAGUGAAAGAUCUAAGCACAAAAUAUAGAAAAUUUUUUAUAUUCUCCAAAAUUUUAAGGAAAAUCAACCUUGAGGCACAAAUGAUAUCAAUACACAUUGUUGAAAAUACAUUAUGUUAUGAAUAAUGUACAGGAUACAUCUUUAUAAUCAUAUAUGGCCGAACUAUGUGCUUUCAUUGAUUUUUUUUUUCACACUAUGCUUUUUAUCUGAUAAUAGAAAAGCUACUACAAAUAUAUAUAUAAGAAAUGCAAGAUUAAAAACAAAAAGUGUUGUUUUAGUCAGAAUAUAAAAUUAAUAGACAUACAUUGAGAUUGUGCAAUUGCAGGUAUGUGAUUUCAAGCCAACAUACCGGUAUUUAAAAGAAGAGAGUUUCAGUUUUAAUUAAUAUCGUAUAUGACAUUUUACACUGGGGAUUAUAGACAGGAUAUUUUUUUUUUUACUCAUCUCUUUUGUUGCUUCGUAUAUAAUGCAAUAUCCAUUUUAAAGUGAUAUGAAAUAGGUUACAGCACAUUAACUAUGUGCCAUUCAGUACAUGAAUUUUAGCUGAAACAUGCAGAACACAUCUAAUAAUAUAAUAGUGCCUUUAUAAUAUUUGAGAUUUGUAAUAAAAAUAAUAAAAAUUAAAUAUUAAACAGUAAUAAAAUUGGUCUGUUCUAAAACAUUCUAACUUUUUUUGGUUGAAUAUUCUCAUUUUCUUUUCUUUAUUUUCAAGAAUAUAAUUUCAAGUUUUUAUGUUUUGAUUAUGUUCAUACAAUGUAUUGUGCAUGUAAUGUGAUAAUUCAUCAGGCAUAUGAAUUGAAAAAUAUUUAAUAAAAUAGACCAAUUUUAA